GGAAGAACUGCCAGCUGAUGGAUUUCUGCCCCACCAACCCCUGCGCCAACGGGGGCACCUGCCUGCUCACCUACCCGCACAUCGUGUGCCAGUGCCUGCCCGGCUUCGACGGCCACACCUGCCAGCACGACGUCAACGAGUGCUACCGGGACCCCGGGCCCUGCACCAACGGGGGCACCUGCCUCAACAGCCUGGGCUCCUUCCGCUGCCUCUGCCCCCCCGGCUUCUCUGGCCCCCAGUGCCAGCACCGCGCCGGGCCCUGCUCCGCCGGGCUGUGUCUGCACGGCGGGACCUGCCGCCCCCUGCCCGGCGGCUUCCACGGCUGCCUGUGCCCGCCAGGGUACACGGGGCAGCUGUGUGAGGUGAACCCCAAUGACUGCGUGGGGCAUCACUGCCGGAACGGGGGGGCCUGCCAGGACGGGGUGGGGACAUACUCCUGCCUCUGCCCCCCCGGCUGGAUGGGCUGGGACUGCUCGGGGGACGAGGACGAGUGCCUGGCGCCGGGGCCCCCCCCCUGCCACCACGGCGGCACCUGCCACAACCUGCCCGGGGGCUUCCGCUGCGUCUGCGUCAACGGCUGGUCGGGCACCAGCUGCAGCCACAACGUGGACGACUGCGUCUCGGCCACCUGCUUCCCCGGCGCCACCUGCCUGGACCGCGUGGGCACCUUCCUCUGCCAGUGCCCCCCGGGGCGCACAGGGCUCCUGUGCCACUUGAGCGACGCCUGCCUGAGCAGCCCCUGCCACGCGGAGGCCUCGUGCGACACCAACCCCCUGACGGGCUCGGCCGUGUGCGUGUGCCAGCCGGGCUCCACUGGGCCCACCUGCCACCAGGACCUGGACGAGUGCCAGCUGGGUGCGGAGCCGUGCGAGCACGGUGGGCGCUGUGAGAACACCGUGGGCUCCUUCCGGUGCCGCUGCCCGGCCGGCUACACGGGGUCCCGCUGCGAGGCCGACGUGGACGAGUGCCUGAGCCAGCCCUGCCUGCGGGGGGCGCCCUGCCUGGACCUGCUCGGCCACUUCCAGUGCCUCUGCCCCCCCGGCUCCCAGGGGCCCACGUGCGAGCGAGAGGCCGACGCCUGUGCCAGUCACCCCUGCGGGAACGGGGGGCGCUGCCAGGCCGGGGCGGGGGCCUUCCGCUGCCACUGCCCCCCCGGGUUCAAGGGGCCACGCUGCCUGGAGGAGGCGGGGGCCUGCGCCAGUGACCCCUGCCGGGGGGGCACCUGCCUGGAGGUCGCGGGCGGCUUCUCCUGCCUCUGCCCCCCGGGCUUCACGGGCCCCGACUGCGCCCCCUGGAGCGACGCCUGCUGCCAGCGGCCCUGCGCCCAGGGCACCUGCCAGAGCCACCCGCAGGGGGCUCUGUGCGUCUGUGCCCCCGGCUGGACGGGCCGGGACUGCUCGGCCGAGAUCGACCCCUGCGAUUCGGGGCCCUGCCCCCAGGGGGCAACCUGCCAGCCCCAGCCCCACGGCUACAGCUGCACCUGCCCCCAGGGGUUCACAG